GAGACUAAAAGCUGAGAGCCAUGACGACUCACGUAACACUGGAGGAUGCUCUGUCCAAUGUGGACCUGCUGGAGGAGCUGCCACUACCUGACCAGCAGCCAUGCAUCGAGCCACCUCCAUCAUCUAUUAUGUACCAGGCCAACUUUGACACCAAUUUUGAAGACAGAAAUGCUUUUGUUACUGGCAUUGCCAGGUAUAUCGAACAAGCUACAGUGCACUCAAGCAUGAAUGAAAUGCUGGAGGAAGGGCAUGAAUAUGCAGUGAUGCUUUACACCUGGAGGAGCUGCUCCAGGGCCAUUCCCCAGGUAAAGUGUAAUGAACAGCCAAAUCGGGUCGAGAUUUAUGAGAAGACGGUGGAAGUGUUGGAGCCAGAGGUCACGAAGCUUAUGAAGUUCAUGUAUUUUCAGAGAAAGGCCAUUGAACGAUUCUGUAGCGAGGUGAAGCGUUUGUGUCAUGCAGAGAGAAGGAAAGACUUUGUUUCUGAAGCAUAUCUACUGACAUUGGGAAAAUUUAUCAACAUGUUUGCUGUCCUAGAUGAACUGAAGAACAUGAAGUGUAGUGUCAAAAACGACCAUUCUGCCUACAAAAGAGCAGCCCAGUUUUUGAGGAAAAUGGCUGAUCCCCAGUCUAUCCAGGAAUCACAGAACCUAUCUAUGUUCCUAGCAAACCAUAACAGGAUCACACAGUGCCUUCAUCAGCAGCUGGAAGUCAUCCCUGGUUAUGAGGAGCUGUUGGCUGAUAUUGUCAACAUCUGUGUGGAUUACUACGAAAAUAAGAUGUAUUUGACACCCAGUGAGAAGCACAUGCUCUUAAAGGUGAUGGGUUUCGGUCUCUAUCUCAUGGAUGGAAAUGUCAGUAACAUUUACAAACUAGAUGCCAAGAAGAGAAUCAACCUUAGUAAAAUUGAUAAAUUCUUCAAGCAGCUGCAGGUGGUUCCUUUAUUCGGCGAUAUGCAGAUAGAGCUGGCCAGAUACAUUAAGACCAGUGCUCACUAUGAGGAGAACAAAUCCAAGUGGACGUGCACUCAGAGCAGCAUCAGUCCCCAGUACAACAUCUGCGAGCAGAUGGUGCAGAUCCGAGAUGAUCAUAUCCGCUUUAUCUCUGAACUUGCUCGGUACAGCAACAGUGAGGUUGUGACUGGCUCAGGGUUGGACAGCCAGAAAUCAGAUGAAGAAUACAGGGAGCUUUUUGACCUAGCUUUGCGGGGACUGCAACUUCUGUCCAAGUGGAGCGCACAUGUUAUGGAAGUGUAUUCUUGGAAGCUCGUUCAUCCCACCGAUAAAUUCUGUAACAAAGAUUGUCCAGGCACUGCUGAGGAAUAUGAGAGAGCCACACGAUAUAAUUACACCAGUGAAGAAAAAUUUGCAUUUGUGGAGGUGAUUGCUAUGAUAAAAGGUCUGCAAGUGCUCAUGGGCCGCAUGGAGAGUGUCUUCAACCAGGCCAUCAGGAACACUAUUUAUGCUGCUCUGCAGGAUUUUGCUCAGGUGACACUGAGAGAGCCACUGAGGCAAGCUGUCAGGAAGAAAAAGAAUGUCCUAAUCAGCGUCCUUCAGGCAAUUAGAAAGACCAUUUGUGAUUGGGAGGGAGGCCGUGAACCUCCAAAUGACCCCUGUCUGAGGGGGGAAAAGGACCCCAAAGGCGGUUUUGAUAUUAAGGUCCCACGUCGAGCUGUAGGGCCUUCUAGCACACAGCUCUACAUGGUGAGAACAAUGCUGGAAUCCCUCAUUGCAGACAAGAGUGGCUCAAAGAAAACUCUCAGGAGCAGCCUGGAUGGACCAAUAGUUCUGGCCAUUGAAGAGUUCCACAAGCAGUCCUUCUUCUUCACUCAUCUUCUCAACAUAAGUGAAGCUCUUCAACAGUGCUGUGACUUAUCGCAGCUUUGGUUCCGUGAAUUUUUCCUGGAGUUGACGAUGGGCCGUCGAAUUCAGUUCCCUAUCGAGAUGUCUAUGCCUUGGAUUCUAACAGAUCACAUCCUGGAAACCAAAGAACCUUCUAUGAUGGAGUAUGUGCUAUAUCCACUGGACCUCUACAAUGACAGUGCGUAUUACGCUUUGACAAAGUUUAAAAAGCAGUUUCUCUAUGAUGAAAUUGAAGCAGAGGUGAACUUGUGUUUUGAUCAAUUUGUGUACAAACUGGCGGACCAAAUCUUUGCUUACUAUAAAGCAAUGGCUGGCAGCGUCUUACUGGAUAAACGAUUCCGGGCUGAAUGUAAGAAUUAUGGAGUGAUUAUCCCUUACCCACCAUCCAACCGCUAUGAAACGUUGCUCAAACAGAGGCAUGUCCAGCUGCUGGGCCGGUCGAUUGACCUAAACAGGCUGAUCACCCAGCGUAUCUCAGCUGCCAUGUACAAAUCACUAGACCAGGCCAUCAGCCGCUUUGAGAGCGAGGAUCUGACCUCCAUUGUGGAGCUUGAGUGGCUUUUGGAGAUCAACCGUCUGACACAUAGAUUGCUGUGCAAGCACAUGACCUUGGACAGUUUUGAUGCCAUGUUCCGAGAGGCCAAUCACAACGUCUCAGCUCCUUAUGGACGCAUCACCCUGCAUGUCUUCUGGGAGCUAAACUUUGACUUUUUACCUAAUUACUGCUACAAUGGGUCUACUAACAGAUUUGUGCGGACAGCAAUUCCAUUCACCCAAGAACCCCAGAGGGAUAAACCAGCUAACGUCCAGCCAUAUUACCUUUAUGGGUCUAAGCCACUGAACAUUGCCUACAGCCACAUCUAUAGCUCGUACCGGAACUUUGUGGGGCCUCCACAUUUCAAGACAAUCUGCCGGCUCCUUGGAUACCAAGGGAUUGCUGUGGUGAUGGAGGAACUGCUGAAGAUCGUCAAGAGCCUGUUGCAAGGGACCAUCCUUCAGUAUGUGAAAACCUUGAUAGAGGUGAUGCCGAAGAUCUGCCGCCUGCCAAGGCACGAGUACGGAUCUCCAGGAAUUCUGGAGUUUUUCCAUCACCAGCUGAAGGACAUAAUUGAGUAUGCAGAGCUAAAGACUGAUGUAUUCCAGAGCCUGAGGGAAGUGGGUAAUGCCAUUCUUUUCUGCCUUCUCAUAGAGCAGGCCCUGUCCCAGGAAGAAGUGUGUGAUUUGCUGCAUGCUGCUCCCUUCCAAAAUAUUUUGCCCAGGGUCUACAUCAAAGAAGGAGAACGCUUGGAGGUACGCAUGAAGCGUCUCGAAGCCAAAUAUGCCCCACUUCACCUGGUUCCCUUAAUAGAGAGGCUGGGAACACCACAGCAAAUCGCCAUCGCCCGUGAAGGAGACUUGCUGACCAAGGAGAGGCUGUGCUGUGGCCUGUCCAUGUUUGAGGUCAUCCUGACACGCAUUCGGAGCUAUCUUCAAGACCCCAUCUGGCGUGGGCCUCCCCCGACCAAUGGCGUCAUGCAUGUUGAUGAGUGUGUUGAGUUCCAUCGGCUUUGGAGCGCCAUGCAGUUUGUAUACUGCAUUCCUGUGGGAACCAAUGAAUUCACUGCUGAGCAAUGUUUUGGAGAUGGUUUGAACUGGGCUGGCUGUUCAGUCAUAGUUCUCUUGGGGCAGCAGCGUCGCUUCGAUCUUUUUGACUUCUGUUACCACCUGUUAAAGGUGCAGAGGCAGGAUGGAAAGGACGAAAUAAUAAAGAACGUGCCGCUUAAGAAAAUGGCUGAUAGGAUCAGGAAGUACCAGAUUCUGAACAAUGAGAUAUUUGCCAUCCUGAACAAGUACAUGAAGUCAGUGGAAACAGACAGCUCUACGGUUGAACAUGUGCGUUGCUUCCAGCCCCCCAUCCACCAAUCCUUAGCCACCACCUGUUAAGUGAUCAGUGUUGGGAAUGCAAUGUGAGUGUUUGUGUUUUUCCAUCUGAAAUUGGUGAAGAAGAAAAAGAAGAGGUGACUAGAGCCCAACAAAGACCUGGAAGGGAAAACCGAAGAACACAGGUCUGGCAACAGUGCAGACUUGGAUGGACCCGCUAUACAAAGAUGCAUUUUUCCUAGAAGGCCCAGUUUGAAAGCAUGUUAUUCUGUACCUUUCUGAUUGGUUUUACCCAUAGCUUUGAAAAUGUGGUGAGGAGCAAAAUGUGGUUUUUCCCCUUUCAUUUUUUCUACUUUCAUCAUGGCCCAGAACCACCCAGUCAAGCACAAAACUCCAUGGACUUAACAAGAGUCAUUGUUUUGGGGGUUCCAGAUAAAGCAGCCAGUGUUUCAAAGUGUUGCUAAUCUUCUGCUCGGUGAGGAAGAACAACCUUCCUGCUUUGAUAUAAAACAUUGUCUUCAUUAUCUGAGUGUUUUUAAACACUCCGAAAUAAUGUGUGUGUCCCUUCACAGAUGGUGAGGAAAUGUUUGAUGGAACCAAGCAAAGAAAAUCAUGUUCCUUUGUCAUCAUUGUCCAUCUAGGAAUAGACUGUUUUGUCACUGCCAUGCCUCCUUAUGCCUUCCUACACUUAUUUAAUCUUGCUAAGUCAAAUUCAUGAUGUCUGAGGUUAUUUAAGCAGUGGGAUAUUGACAAGAGAGUCUUCAGAUUUUGUGUUGACCGUCAUUGCUUUGAUGGCCUUACAAAGUCUUGAACCAUUUCUUGUUAACUAUAGUUUCACCUGAGCUAAUGUGUGUUUCUCAGGUUUUAGCAUAAACAGCCAGGAGAAGAGUCAAAAAUUGUAAUGGCCCGGAGCCUUGAUUAAGUUGUCAGGUCAAGACACCAGUAAAUUAUUUUCAAAAUGUGGUUCAUGCAUUUAACUCAACAUCUUUUUUUUCCCUUUGGAAUACAUUCAGUAGAAUAAUGAGAUCAACCAGUUUGCUUCUAUAUUCUGGGGAAAUACAUGACAUUUGGUAAUUAGUUCAAGACUACAUAUCCAAGCUUCUGUAAAGUGGAAACAAGAUACACCAGAUGUGACAUUGUCCUUGCUUUGUAAUAGGUAGCAGCUUAUUUUCCAUUAAACAGAAGUUUAAAAGCUCCCUGUCAUCAUUUAGAACAAAGGAAAAAGGUAAACGUAAGAACAAAUCAUAGAGUUGUGGAUGCAAGUAGACUCAAAUGUCACUUUCUUGCAACUCCUUACACCAGAUUAGACCUCCUCCUGCAAAUACACCUCAAAGAGAUUAGCCCAUAUAGUUUAGUAUAUUACCCAAAGGAGGCAGAAAUAAGUAAAAUACCCCACACAAGAGAUAAGGGGCAAGUUUAGAAAAGACCAAGCACUUCAAGCAAAGAAGCCAUGCAAAAAUGCUACAGAGAAAUGGAACUAAGAAAUACGUCACCACCCUCUUGGACCUGGUGAGAAAAUCUUCCCAGGUCUAAAUAGGAUGUGAAAUUAGACCCAGUUUAGCACAUGUUUGCCCAAGGUGGUUACCCAAAUAUAACCCUGUGUCAUGUCAUAAAGAUAGUUACAAUCUUAAGAGAAUAAUUUAUUUUUGAGUCUGUUCAGCUGCCAUUCAUCAUGAAUGUUUCCCUCCCUAUGGUGACUAUUUAGGGAGAGAGAUUUUAGAAUGGCAGUCCUCUAAUAUUUUGAUUGUUCUCAUUUCAUUCUCUGCAAGGAAAGGACAGUGUCCUAUUUCCUUUCUUAUUUGCUGUACAGAUUUCAAAAUUAAGCAUUAAGAAAUAUUUAAAAUUCAAUCAGUGUUCCUCGUUAGACAUUAAAGGCAAGGGCACAAUGCAACAGAAAGCUCUCCUGUGUAGGCCGCAAUAAAAUGAAUGGGAGUGGUGCAUCACUGUGGUGCUGUUCAUUUCAUGAGGGCUUGUUCAGGAGAACUUCCUGGUAGAUUGUGCCCAAUACCAUGUUAAAGUUAAGCCUGCUGCAGUUCUGAUGGGGGUGUUGUCCUGAUUAUUUACCCUGAUAAAAGUAAAGAUAGGGCCUCUUAGCAUCAGGACAAAUCGCAGAACAUCCAACAAUUGCUCCAGCUUUCCUCAAACUUGUUAUUCCUUAUCCUGGCCAAGGCAGCUUUCACCCAUUUAAAUUUUUGAUGUUUUAAUCUGUGGCCUUCCUUCCUCAUCUCACCAUGAAGCCGGUGUUUAAUUGCUGGUGUUUGUUCAUCACCACACGACAAGGACAGCUGCUGUUAUGAAGCCAGAGACUACGAACACUCAUGACGGAGCACAUGAAGUAGAAACACCUUCAUGUCUCCACUUGAAGAAGAAUGUUCUGUCUCAAGGACCAUGUAAUUAUUAGCAGCACCAUGUAAUUAUUAGC